AUGUCUUCAAAGCCUGAUAUCGGCUUUAUUGGCCUCGGUGCCAUGGGCUUCGGAAUGGCCACCAAUCUCGUACAUCAGGGUUAUAGCGUGACUGGGUUUGAUGUUUGGGGACCUACUCUGGAUAAGUUCAAAGAUGCUGGCGGAAUCACAGCAACCACUCCGGCAGAUACGGUCAAGGGGAAGGACUAUGUUAUCUGCAUGGUGGCUACUGCAGCUCAAGCACAGGCUGUUCUGAUCGACGAUGCAAACAAUGCUCUCUCCACCCUGUCAAAAGGGGCUGCGGUGUUGCUGUGUUCUACGGUACCAAGCUCCUACGUACAGGGACUAGAGAAGCAACUCAGGGACUUGGGACGGGAUGAUAUUUUCCUGGUUGACGCGCCCGUCUCUGGCGGGACGUAUCGGGCGGCGGAUGGUACAUUGUCGAUUAUGGCGGGUGGUUCAGAUGCGGCGAUCGAGAAAACGAAGUUCUUGCUGCAUGAAAUGUCAGACCAGAACAAGCUGUACAUUGUGAAGGGUGGUGUUGGUGCGGGAAGCAAUCUGAAGAUGGUACAUCAAGUACUGGCGGCGGUGCAGAUCCUGUCCGGCAGUGAAGCAAUGGGAUUUGCAAGCCAUCUUGGCCUGGAUCUCGCCGAAACGAGGGAAGCAAUUGUUAAGUCUCCAGGCUGGAGCUGGAUGUUCGAGAACAGAAGUCCGAGAAUGCUGCACCCAGAAUUCCAGCCGGUUGCCAGCGCACUUACGAUCAUUCUCAAGGAUACCAGUAUCAUUACUUCAGAAGCAAGGCAUCUUGACUUCCCUACGCCUAUGACAAGCACCGCGGAGCAGGUGUACUUCUCUGGGUUGGGAAAGGGAUAUGGUCCAGAUGACGAUAGUAGUUUGAUCAGGGUAUACGCGGAAGGAAAAGGCAAAGUUGGCCCUGUCGUUGGUACUGCACAGACCAUUGAGGACAAGCUGGCCUUAGUGGUAACUCUGCUCAGAGGUGUUCAUUUAUGUGCUGCGGCAGAAACCAUUGCCUUUGCUGUUCGAUUGGGGCUGGACUUAGAUCAGGUACUCGAUCUGUGUGUCAAUGCUGCAGGUGGUAGCCAUAUGCUGGAAACAGUCGGACCUGAAAUCAUGCGCUUGUACGGAGCACAAACGCCGUCCAAAGCGAAGGCGGAAAGCCUGCCUAAGCUCGCACAGCAAUUACAAGAGGCCGUGGAUGAAGCGCAGCGUCUGAAGAUGCCGUUAUUCCUUGGUAGCCAAGCAUUAAAUAUCGCAAGAUUAGCAUUAGCGCAUUCACCAACGACAGCACCAGAAGCCACUUUGGAUCAGAUAGUUCGGGUAUGGGGUUCUUGA